GAGAAUACACAAAAAAAAGUUUACAGAGGUUUGUGGUGCACUGAUGGCGAAAUUUGGCGCGUCCGAAUCAACUUUACACCUGAAAAGACCAAUUUAUUGAUCCUAGUUUAAUGGUUGCGUAGUAGGAAGUUUUCAAAGUGAUACGAAACAUUUCCAUCAGUGUCCAAAUCAAAAGAAGACCAAAAGUGCUUGCGUGUGCUUCACCCGACCGUUUGUGUACGUAGAUAUUUCUGUGUGUAUGCCCUUUGACACAUCAAACUCAGCGAUACUUUUACGCAUUCAAGGGCUGUUUUGGGAUUCCUUCUUUAUCGACUGUGCUUCUGGAUGUUGCCAUGUGAGCAGUGUCAGAGAUCAAGUGGAUAUAGGUAAAGGAGUAGGUUGUUGAUCCUCAACUUUACCAACAGUGGGGAAGGGGUCUUUCACGAUGAAUGGUGAAAUCCCUACAAUCCCCAUUAUCAGCCUGGCUGGCAUUGCAAGUCUCAGCGACUUGCUACCUGAGAUGCCAUUGCCGGUGCCCCUGGCUUCCACACAAGCCAGUCGUUCAUUACUUUUCCAUCCAAGAGUCGCUGAGGAAGCUCACAGACUCCUGUCUACUCAUGAUGAUGCCUUGGCAGCUCAACUUCAACAUGCACUCACCACGACCUCUUAUAAUCCCCAGCACAUAAUUCUAAGAGAUCAACGCUAUGAGAAUUUCAAUCACCCAGAGCUCUCACAACCCCAACCUGAGUUACUGAGUGCAAUACUGCAGCGAAACCCACACGUCUUUCGUCAGCAGCAGCAACAACAACAUCCACAGCCAUGGAACAGCAAUCAGAGUACUGUGCAUCCCCAUCAGCAGCAGCAGCAGCAAGCUGUGUACAAUUCUCAGCAGCAAAUUGGUUAUGCAUCACCUGCCACUCAUGUUGGGGCUUAUACACCAAGUGGAAAUUCUGUUCAGGGAUAUGCUCCUCAGCAAAGUCCUGCUCCGGGAUUGCCCGCGCAAGCCGCCAUGAAUUACGUUCCACAGGGGAGCCCAUAUUCCACGCAGACGAAGCUUUUGGCUGCGCAAAACAAUGUAUAUCCUCAGCAGCCACAACAAGAGAACUACAAUAGCCCAAGCUGGGGGUAUGAAAAACCCGUUCAUACUCCAGUACCAGCCCAGCAGCAUUACCAGCAACAGCAAUCCCAGCAGCACUAUCCACAACAUCUUCCUCAACAACCGCAGCCAACACACCCUGCCAUGCCUCUUGUAGAGCCGCAACAGCCACAACAACAUAAUCAGCAACAGCAAAUUCAUCCGCAGCAAAUCCAACAGCAGCCUCCGACACAGCAUCCAGUUCCACAACAGGCUGCGCAACCCCUGUUGCCGGUAUACAACCACCAAGAGUUCCCCAACGCGAUAGCUUCAACGCAUUCACACGAAAGAAAAGAAACUGAAAAAUCUACGUUCCAACCCCAACCCAUCGUACCUCAGCAGACAGCGAAUAGCCAACCGUUCACCGCGUCCGUUAAAUCGGAGCCCAUCGCUACGUCGUCCAUGAAUAAUUCCUCACAACAAAAUAAUCGGAUGUCCAGGAAUCAUAGUAGUGGGCGGCCGUCCUAUAAAGAAGACUCGGAUUCUGACGGAGGUGGACGUGGAAAAGGAAGUGUAGUUGUGAAACCAGUGGAACCAGUGAAGGAACAAAAGCCAAUUGUAGAGGAGAGUAAACCCAAAGUGAAAGUGCGGAAAGAAGAAAAAGACAGAGAGACUCCUCGUAAAAGAAAAUCCACCGGCGGUGAGGUGACGACACCGAACAACGAUGAAGUGGCACCGGCUCCAAAGAAAAAAUUGAAAAGACUGGAGCGAAAGGUCGUCCAUGACGAAGGCAAAUUGAACGCGGAAGAACUCAUGGAGACAAAUACGUUUCAAAGAUUUACGCGCUUAGUCGAACACAUUUUCGAUGCUACGGAAGAUGCUGAUCUGAAUGCCCCGGCUGAUCUGGAUAACGACACGGAUAUACCUCAGGAGGCAAUGAUUCCCAAACAGCAACUCCACGAUUUGUGUGCAGAAGCAGCUAAAUUGAAGUCAAUGGGUGCCAUGUCAGCUGUUCCCCCCGAGAGACUUGUUCGGUUACUCAAUCUGCUCGAAAAGAACAUACGUGAUGGAGCCAAAAUUUCCCUUCUCGGGGAUCCGGAUGAAGAUGAAGAGGAGAGCAAAUUGUGGACGGAAUUGUCUUCUGAGCGUGUACUCCGAGCUGUAGAGGCGGCGCUGGCAGCCCUUCAUAUCCUUACAGCGCCAAACAUGCCCAAGCGAGCCUACCUCGAAGAAGUCAUUGAGAGAAUUGUUCAGCUGGCCAGGUUCCAGUUGCAGCAUUCGAUCUAUCCGGCAUACGAUCCAGUAUACCGGACCGAGUCCAAAAAGGAUGUCACGAUUUCAGGCGGAAGUUCAAAGAAGAAAAGGGCCCACGUACGAGAAGUGCGGGACAAAACUGUUCUAUUGGUCUAUCAUAAAAUGGUGGGCCUAGUCGGUUUGAUGGCUGAAUUGUUGGCAGUCCAGACGUUAACGGAUACAGCUGUACUCCACCUUUCAACCGUAGGUGUUGCACCGUUCUUCGUCGAAAAUAUUCCAGAAUUGCAGUUGUCCGCUUUGAGAUUAGUGACGACGAUCUUUAGUCGCUAUGAAAAGCAUAGACGAUUGUUGCUCGACGAUAUCCUAGCUUCCAUCGCACGCCUGCCCUCCUCUAAACGAGGACUUCGCACUUUCCGCCUUAGCGCCGAACAGCACAUACAGAUGCUCACCGCCUUAGUCCUUCAGCUCAUACAAUGUGUCCUAUGCCUCCCAGAGAAGCUAGGGGCUCCUCCGGGAACAACCGUUUCGGCUGAGGACGUGGAUAGCUCUGUCUUGGCAAUGGAUCCAGAAGUAGUGGUGAAUACAAGAUACGACACCGCAGUCCGAACAGCCGCCAAUUUUCUAUCGGUCUUUCUCGGGAAAUGUGGAGUUAAAAACAACGAGGAAGUUGAUUAUCGUCCGCUGUUUGAAAAUUUCGUACAAGAUCUCCUGAGCACCGUAAACAAGCCUGAGUGGCCGGCCGCCGAGUUGUUAUUAUCGCUGUUGGGCAAGCUGUUGGUGCAAAACUUUAGCAACAAAAAUGUCGAUGUGCUGUUGCGAGUGGCAUCCCUAGAGUACCUUGGCGUAGUGGCAGCUCGUCUCAGAAAGGACGCCGUCAGUUCUCAACUUAAAACGGACACUAUCGAUCAAUUGCUGAAGCAGGUUCGUGAAGAUGAGGCUAACAACGCGGUGGAAGAAUUCAAAUCGAAAAAGCAUAAAAAGAAGAAAAAGAGCGGAGACAAAGAUCACGAGAAAGAAAACAUACCAGCAGAUAAAAUCGAGGUUCUUCAGUCAUUGUUGCUCGAUUAUCUUGCUGUCAAUUCUCAAUGUGAUCCUGCAAUGCUUCAUGCACGGCAUUUCUACGUCGCUCAAUGGUACAUGGAUAUAAAAAACAGUGUGACCAAGAGAUCCGUUUCGUCAGAAAAUAUACCCGAAACCGGUGUUGAGGAACGACCGCGGAAUAAAGAAACACCUAAGAAAAAGAAGAAGAAGAAAAAGCGUAACCACUUUUCUUCAUCUGAAUCCUCGUCUUCGUCCUCGUCUUCUGAGGACGAAGACGACAAUGCCAAGAAACCUGAACAGGAAAACACUGCCGCUGAUUGCAAUAACCACAACCAAUCCCUGGAAAUGGCCGAUCGGAGAAAGAAGCUACUACUCUCCAAAAUCAAUCCUUUCCCAGAAGCAGCACCUGGUACAAGAACGCAGGUUUUAACAACGCCUCUUGAUGCCGAAAGCUCAGAGCUUAUCACACGUUUUUUGGCUUCCAAAAGACAGUUUUCUCAAAGCUUUGAUUCGUAUCUCAAGCACAUUUUGAAGGUCUUGACGGAACCGGCUAUCGCUGUGCGAGCCAAAGCCAUGAAAUGCCUGACUCAAAUCGUUGAAUCGGACCCAGUCGUCCUGGCCCGGUCCGACAUGCAACUUGGUGUUCAUCAUUCUUUCCUGGACCAAAGUACAGCAGUGAGAGAAGCAGCUGUUGAUUUAGUUGGCAAAUUUGUCCUAUCACGCCCAGAGCUUAUUGACAAAUAUUAUACCAUGUUGUCUGCGCGUAUUUUGGACACGGGAGUUAGUGUUCGCAAAAGAGUCAUUAAGAUAAUGAAAGACAUCUGCACCGAAUGUCCCGAUUUCCCCAAGAUUCCAGAGAUAUGCGUGAAGAUGAUCAGAAGAGUGAACGACGAAGAAGGUGGCAUCAAAAAGCUGGUCAUGGAGGUCUUCCAAGCUAUGUGGUUUAGCCCAGUCAGAGAUAAGCCGACACUUGACUUUAAUGCUUUAAUGAGAAAGGUUAUGAACAUAACUGACGUCGUGGCCGCCUGCAGAGAUACCGGCUUAGAUUGGCUUGAGCAACUGCUUCAACAGAUGUUUCGACCCAAAGAAGACAAAGAAGACGUGACAAAAGCGAAUGUUGAACCUUCCAAAGCCCUAUUGAUGGCCUGCCAACAAAUCGUUGACUGCUUAGUCGAAAAUAUUCUCCGACUCGAGGAAGCUUCUCUUGCUCGAGGCCCCAGUUCCGCGGGAUCGGCGGAUGGGAAAAACUCAAAUGGCGGAGAAACGAAAGGAGCUUCUCAGCGAUUAGUCGCCUGUAUGACUACGUUAUAUUUGUUCGCAAAAAUACGACCCUUACUACUUGUGCCACAUGCCAUGACCCUUCAACCGUACUUGAGUCUUCGCUGUAGGACUCAGGGUGACUAUCAAAUAAUCAGUGACGUUGCCCGGACAUUGGAAGUAGUAGUCCCCUUGCUGGAACAUCCAAGUGAAUCUUUCCUCGCUCAGCUGGAAGAAGAUGCUGUCAAGUUGAUCUUGCAGCAUGAAAAGGCAGUUGUAGCGGCUUGUUUAUCUUGCCUUGGCUCGGUUGUUAAUCAUGUCACACGGAAUUUCAAGCUCAUUCGAGACUGCUUCCGAAAAUAUUUCGGUCCGUUGACUGAAUACAAGCUUAUGCACGAGAGAGACCCCGACAAUCCGCGACUCGUCCAACACCGGCCUUUUUUCCGAAGAGCACUUUUCACCGUGGGAUUGCUACUGCGGCAUUUCGAUUUUACAGACGAAGAGGUGCGUUACGGGUUACCUGACUCUACCAAACAACAAGUGAUGGAGAUACUUCUUUACUUUGUGUGCCAAAACUGCACUGAUAUGCAGUUCUUCACUCUUCAGGCUAUUGGUUCUGUUUGCAUCAGGCAUUACGACUUCAUGUUGGGAGAAUCCCUGAAAUCAGUAUAUCUCAAUCGUUUAUUGGAACCUUCUGUUCCCUUGCGACUGAAAGUUCAAGUGCUAAACAACAUCGAAACCUACCUUCAGGAAGAGGAAAUUCGAAUGAUCAAAGAAGAUCAGCAGUGGUCCAAGACAUCAAAGAAGGAGAAUCUCAAAGAAAUGGGAGACGUAACCUCUGGAAUGGCCAGUACCGUCAUUCAACUUUAUCUAAAACCAAUCCUUGAUUGUUUCAUCCAUGGCGCGUCCAGUGUUCGACAAUCAGCCUUCAGAGUGACGCAGUUGAUUCUUCAGCAAGGAUUGGUUCAUCCGGUGCAAAUCGUUCCAUACUUGAUUUGCAUCAGCACUGACGCAGAACGAGUAUCGCACUCAGCAGACAAACAGUUGCAGGAAAUAGAAAAGAAGUACCCCGGAUUCAUUCACAUGAAAGCGUUGCAAGGCAUUCGAUUGUCUUACCAGUUACAGUCGCUAAUUGAAAGUGCUCCAAAAGAGAAUUCUCCUGUCCAGUCAGCUUCAAAGAGCACACCGGAGACUCCUAAUAAGAAAAUCGGUACCAAGUGUUCUGUGGCUAGUGCAAUACAAGAAAGCCAAGGAAUUGCUCGUGGUUUCCGGCUGAGGGAAGGGGAACAUCCGUCUGCUCUCAAUGGUUUCCUCUAUUCCCUUCUUCGCGGUACUAAACAACAGCGAAGAGCUCUCGUACUUUCUAUGCUCAAACAGUUCGACGAGACCUCGAAGAACCCUCUCGCACAGCUUCUAUACUUGGCGGACAAUCUAGCUUCUUUUCCUUAUCAGGUGAUCGACGAACCGCUCUUUUUGAUCCAUCACAUUGACAUUAUGGUGUCUGUGACGGGGUCUAACCUCUUGCAAGGAUUCAGAGAAUCUCUGCUCCCCAGUGCUGUACCUACUAGUCCGGAGGAGGAGGAAGACGAUGAAGACAUUGCGUCCAUCAUGCAACGGCUACCUCCAGACACAAGACCAUUCGAAGAAUUCUUGACGGCUGCUCAGGGUUGUCUCCUCCUUCUAAUGCUUAAACAACACCUAAAGGACCAGUAUGGCCUGACGGAUGCCAAAAUAACCCAGUAUUCACCGUCAGAAGGGGCAAAGAUUUACGAGAAGAACGCACCAAGGAAACUGGUCAACAUAUUUAUGCCUAGACCAACUCUACAUGCGUUGAAAGAAAAUCUCGGCUUAGGUGGAUACUUGGAGGUGUCUAGUAAACAGAGUCUGGUGGAAAAGUAUAUCGAGUUCAAGCAGCUCAUGCUCAAAAUUGAUCCUGCCGAAGAGGACGAAGAGGAGAGACUGGCUUCCGCCAUGCGAACCUAUCAAGUUACCGAAUCACCAGUCCCGACUGACGUCCCCGCAAUCGGAGUGCCCAUUUUUGGAGCAGCGCCGCCGAUAAUACCCGGCGUGGCGCUUAUGGGUGCGCCGUCAACACCAAUGAAAACCCCUCGAUCAAAAUCGUCGAAAACUCCGAGAUCACCAAGAGGCGAGAAAAGCAGCAGUAGUAGUAAAAAGAAAUCCCAUAAGAAGAAAAAGCGGAAAAUUGAAAGCGACGAGAGCAGUGAUGACUCGGAUUGCGACCCGGACUUCAGAGCUUAAAUGCUUAUGAUACUUGGUAACUGCAGUUUCUCAAAGUCAUUUUUUUUUUCAGUUUGGGAAAGGUUACAACUGUCCCCGAAUCGGCACUGCGGCAUACAAAGAAUUGAAUUGUAAAUGUCUACGGAUCUAUUUCCAAAAUACUCUGUACCAGGCACUGUCGACUGUCAAAAGUCGGUCGGGUGAAUCCAAGGAGAAAUAAUAUGUACAGUUUUUUGCAGGGCUUAUUUCUCAUUUUCGCGAUCUUUCCUGCAUAGAGAACGACAAACUAGUGUUAUACAUAUAUAUAUCUACGCAUACUAGAGAGGGAUUGGGUUAAGUAGUUACAAAACUUUACUUUGAAAUUCCCUCUCUCAAGUUCAAGGUGUUCUCAUCUCUCGAAUUCUACUGGGACUCUCCUCGUUCGCUGCUCUAGUUCACUCGCUUCAUCUCGCGCCUGAAUAACUUGAAUCAAAUUAUUUUCGCACAUGAUGAUGUAUGGCAAAUGCGAGGAAUUUAUAGCUGCCUGUGUUUGGUCGUAUCUAGAACUAUUUCCCCCCUCCCGAUUCUCUCGUUCCCGCCGCUGCGCCCCACCACCACAGAUACACACCACAAUUUUUCUCUAAAGAGUUUAAUUUAUUAUUCAGCUGGUUUUCCCAGUUGCUAUAAUCCUCUUCUCCCAAUUUAGAUUACCCUCCGUUGAUCUAUGAUUGUUUAUUUACUUUUUUUUCUUCCAUUGAAAGAACGAUAUCCUUUUUUUUGUGUGUGUAACGGAAAAAUGCGUUGAGGUGUAAUUGCGUGUAUGUAUGUGGGCGUGUACCGUAUUUUCUACUGUACCAUAAUUAUGGACGUACGAGUUUAUUGUAUUUGAAAUAUAAAUCGACACAGUUUUGGAAGUA